CAAAAGGAAUAGCGACAAAAAGAAAAGAAACCCCAACUCACUCCUCUUCUUCUUCCUUGCAGUUACAUUACACUUGGUGUCACUUGUGACAGUGUAAACUCUAAUCUCAGAAGAAUUAAUCAUCAAAAAGAAAAUGACUCUAUUUUCAUCUCUGCAAAUCACCACCACCACCACCGCAACGGUCUCUUUUCUUCAUCAAUCCUCCUCCUCCUCCUUUCACUCUCACAAUCCCUCUUCAACUAUCUUCUACAAAUCCCUUCUUCCUGGUUUUGCUACUUCACCCUCCUUUUCAUUCAAAAAAACCAGAAAACUCGCUACUACCCGUGCUUCUUUGCUUGAAACUCCAGUUCUAUGGGUUGGUAGGAUCUGCAUCUACUACGCCCUUGUCAAAACUGGCUUCGUUGGAUCUCCAUCAAACCCAAUUCUCUCAGGUUUGGAAAUUGGUGAUGCUGGUGACAGUAGUGAAUCUGGUGGUGACUUAGGGUUCUCUAAAUGGACGCAGGUCAUACUAGGAAAACCAGCAAAGGAAGGAGCUAAUGUAGGGAACCUUAAGAGUAAAUGGCAUCCUACAACCAAGGGUACACUGAGAAGGAACUACAGAGUCCCAUCCAAGUCAGAGGGGCGACGACUUCUUAAAGCCAUUGCAUCUCUACUGUCAGAUGAUGACCACUUUGUUGAUGCCACUUCUCACAAGGGUUGUCAAAUUCGAAGAGAAAGUGCUCAUGGAGAAAGUGUUUGUUGCAACAACGUGAGAGCUCUUUUCGACGAGCUACCAACUCCUCAUCUCAUUGUGGAGAUCACACCUUUUCCUGCCGGACCUCUUAGUGACAAGGAUUACACUAAAGCUGAGAAGCUUGAGAGGGUUCUCAGAUCUAGUCCUUCUGUUUGAGCCUUCUUUGGUGUUUCUCGUUUUCAUGUAUAUAUACUUUGCUAGCUUGUAAAUAUUGGCAUCAUGAAGAGAAAUUUGUAUCUGUCAAAUGUUUUACAUUUGAGUUGAAUCAUAAUCACAUCUUUCCAAGACAAAUAACAUGUUACCUUAUUUUGUA